AUGAGGGAGGAGCGGCGCCUCUGCUGGACGCAGGUGGAAGUGCAGCUGAUGGAGGGCUCGAAGAGGAUCCUCCGCUCCAACGAGAUCCAGUUGCCGUCGAGCGGCCAGACGGAGACCGACCUGCAGCUCACGUUCUCCCUGCAGUACCCGCACUUCCUCAAGAGAGACGCCAACAAGCUGCAGAUCAUGCUGCAGAGGAGGAAGAGGUACAAGAACCGGACCAUCCUGGGCUACAAGACGCUGGCGCUCGGCCUCAUCAACAUGGCGGAGGUGAUGCAGCACCCCAGCGAAGGCGCUCAGGUCCUGGGUCUGCACAGCCAGCUGAAGGAGGUGUCCGUGCCCGUGGCUGAGAUCCGGGUGUACUCUCUGUCCAGUCAGCCCAUCGAUCACGAGGGACCCAAAGCCAAGAUGAACGAUCGAUCCCCGGACAUUGAUAACUACUCUGAGGAAGAGGAGGAGAGUUACUCGUCUGAGCAGGAGGGCAGCGACGACCCCGUUCAUCAUUAUCUAGAUGAUGAAGAGGACGAGGUGAGGAAGAAGAAGCCCAGACGCAAACUUACUUCAAACGCCUCCAUUACCAGACAACCGAACAUCAAGCAGAAGUUUGUGGCUCUGCUGAAGAGGUUUAAGGUGUCAGAUGAGGUGGGCUUCGGUCUGGAGCACGUGUCUCGUGAGCAGAUCCAGGAGGUGGAGGAGGACCUGGACGAGCUCUACGACAGUCUGGAGAUGUACAACCCCAGCGACAGCGGGCCGGAGAUGGAGGAGACCGACAGCAUCCUCAGCACUCCCAAACCCAAGCUCAGGCCGUUCUUCGAGGGAAUGUCUCAGUCCAGCUCUCAGACGGAGAUCGGCAGCUUGAACAGUAAAGGCAGUCUGAGCAGAGACCCCUUCAGUCCCGUGAAAAUAAGAGCUGUUGUUCUGGGGUGGCAGAAAUCCGACAAAGCCUUAGUGAUAAACAGCAUUUUAGGUGAUGAAGUCGAGACCGACAGAUACUUUGUGAAGUCUGUGAGGAAAGACGGUGAAGUGAACGGAAGGAAGGUGGCUCUGAUCAACACUCCUUGUUGGUGGGAGAAUUAUGAUUUGCUAGACUUUCCAGAGGCUGUUAAACGGGAGCUGGUCUGCAGCGUCUUCCUGUGUCCACCUGGGCCUCACGUCUUUCUGCUGGUCGUUAACUGCAGUUUGCCCUUUACUGAAGAAAACAGAUUCACCAUUGAGAAGCACCUCAGUCUCUUCGGCGAGAGAAUCUGGAAACACACCGUAGUGUUGCUUACGCGAGCCGAUGCGGUGAAGGGCAAAGAGCUCCAGCGGAUCGUACGGAGAUGCGGAGAAAGACAUCAUGCUUUUGAUUUAGAAAAAGGAGUCGAAGAACUGCUCGUGAAGAUCGAUGAUGUUGUGGCCGCAAACCAUGGGAAGCAUUUUGAAACGUGCGACGACGUGCUGCUUGACGUUCAGAGGAAGAGGGAUGAAACCGAAAGACGAGCAAUUGCCAAAGAAGGAGCGGUUCGGGACAAAAGAGACCUACUGAAAGAAAUAAGCGCUCCGCUCUCAGAGCUGAGAAUCGUUCUGCUGGGUUGGAUUCUGUCGGGAAAGAGUUCGGCCGGAAACACCAUCUUCGGCAGUGAAAUAUUUCCGAUACGAAGAACUCAAAAGUGUACGAGCCACACCGGCGUAGUGAAUGACAGGCUCGUAACCGUGUUGGACACUCCGGGCUGGUGGAAGUACUUCUCAUCUAAAGUCAACCCUGAAUGCACACGGACCGCGAUCCUGAAGAGCGUAGGUCAGUCUCGACGUAUGCAGUUCCCUCACGCCGUGAUCUUGGUGGUGCCUAUUGACACGUCGUUUAAGGACGAACAAAGACGGAUCAUCGCAGAGUAUAUGGUCGUUUUUGGAGAAGACGUCUGGAGGCACGCCGUGGUUUUGUUCACGUGGGGCGACAGGUUUCCAGACGUCUCGGUCGAGCAGCACAUUGAGAGCGAAGGAGAAGCUCUUCGGUGGCUGAUUCAGAAAUGCAGGAACAGGUACCACGUCUUUGACAACGCAGACGAGACCAACCGAGAUCAAGUCCCCGAGCUGCUCCGGAAGAUUGACGAGAUGGUGGCAGAAAACAGUCUGUUCUGUCUCGACCCUCAAGAAGAAGACCUUCUUGAGGCCGACACGCAGCGAGAAGAAGAAAUAAGCCUGGAUGCCGAGCUCGUGCUGCAGCUACUGCAGCAAGAGAUUAUAAAGAGGUUUAUGGGUAUCCAGAGUCGACUGAAGCACUCAGGGAUGGACUUCACUGGAUGUGCAGAGAGCAGAAGUCACCGUAGCAUUUCAGACCCUCCUAGCCUGUCAGCUGAUGAGAAACUCAGGGAAAAGAUGAGGAGAGAAGGAAGCAGAUGGGAGGUAACUUUAAUGGACACGUUUUCGAAGGAUCGGAUUUGCGAAGCAUCGUCCGAUUUCCACGAGAAGGUGAUGGGGUGGCUGCAAAGAUGUGAUGAAUACAGCUCGGUUGGAUAUGGAUCAAGCUCCAGCAUCAGCAGCUGAGAAGAUCCAGAGGCCAGAGGCAAGACAUUAAAAGCAGUUUACAGAAUACAGCACUCCGUUCAAACGUGUUUCUUAGUUUUGAACGUGUUUAAUAAUAUUUCUAACGAAUGAUUUGCGUUAUUGCAUGCUAUCCAAAAACUAUAUGACUAUUAUUUCAUGAAAAUUAAAAGUAACCUAAACUUGAAA